AUGGGCGAGACCGUUAGAAUGGGAGACCGGCCAACCCCCGUCCCGCUGCCCAACGCAGAGCAAUUCUUCCUGGACAGCGACCAGGGCCACAAGUACCUUAUACAACUUUCUUGGCCUCUACAUUGGCUGGAUAAUCGGACGUCAGAUCGCGGGCCCCUUCCAAUCAUCUACGUCGUCGACGGAAAUGCAUUAUUCCUAACGGCAACGGAGGUGGCUUGGCGCCGUGCAGCUUCAUCCCACUUUGCCGGCGGUGGCCUUAUCGUCGCCAUUGGAUACCCAGUGGCUGGCAAGCUGUACGAUGCUAAACGCCGAAGUCUUGACCUGACACCGCCGACCGAAAGUCCGAUCCCGGGGGCUGGUGGCGCGGAUGCAUUUCUCGAUUUCAUCGAAAAGUCCGUUCGGCCGGCCGUCAAGGCCCGUUUCCCGAGGAUAACCAUUUCUCGUGAAGCGCUGUACGGCCACUCGUACGGGGGAUUGUUUGCCCUGCAUGCCCUCUUCACGCGCCCCCACUCGUUCGACUGUUACAUUGCUAGCAGUCCCUCCAUAUGGUGGAAUAGGCGCUGUAUCUUACAUUCGGCCCAAGCUUUCUUAGACAAUGACAAGGUUUCGGAUGAGAAAUCACCGUCGCUAGUCGUUUCCUGGGGAUCUUGUGAGCAGAACCCACCUCAGUGGAAUGAUGAGCCUCUGGAUCAUUACGAGGGGCGGAAGCAAAUUGCCUCGGAGUUGCGAAUGGCAGAUAAUGCGCUGGACCUUGUUAACAUGCUGGGUGGAUGCAAACGACUCCACACAGUACAGGCGAAGGAGUAUGAGGGAGAAGAACACACAAGUGUCAUGGCUUGCUCGAUUAGUCGGGGCUUGACUUUGUUCUUUGAGGAUUGGCCUUUACAACAGUCGUGA